ACGGGCGUGCCCGCGCUCGACGACGUGCUCUCGACCUUCGCGGAGCACGCGGGGAUAUUGGUGGCGGCGCGCUGCGCGGGCGACCGCUACAUCGACGACCACCACACGGCCGAGGACGUCGCCAUCACCGUGGGCCAGUGCCUCUGCGACGCCCUCGGCGACAAGGCGGGCCUGACCCGCAUGGCCUCCGCGGACCGGGAACGCGACGGCGUCGAGGUCCGCGCGGUGCUCGACCUGUCGAACCGGCCGAACUUCCACAGCGACCUCGCCUUCGACGAGGAGUACCUCGGCGGCGACGCCGCGGCGGACGCGGGCGACGGCGAGUGCGGCGCCGUGCUCUCGUCCGAGAUGCUCGUCCACGCCCUCGAGUCGCUCACGCUGGAGACGCGCGCGACGCUCCACCUCGAG